AUGUCAUCUACAUCCAACCUCACCGAUAUGGACAUCGUCGCUCUUAAAAGCAAAAUUCAAGAGCACUGCGACGGCAUGCGAAGGCUCAUCGACACAGCUCCGGCCGAGCGCUAUGACGCGCUGUAUGAAGAAGAAGAAGACUGGUGCCGGCGCUGGACGGAACUUUUUAGCGCGCUCAUAGGUUGCCUCAACCUCGCGAGGAAGACAACCCUCCCGCUCGACUUGACCGUCGGGGAAAGGGGGUUAUGUGCGCAAGCCAUGCACAAACACCAGGCGUUUCAGCGUAAAAUCCGCGAAAUCACGAACGCGGCGGCGAGGCAGGCAGAUGCAGAUGCAGCUGCCCUGCCACCACAGGAGGAGGUUGUCGAGCCGGCUGAUACAAGAUGUAUCAUUGUCCAGCGCAAGAAGGAGAUUCCGAUCCCCGUUGACUCGGUCACGGACGGCUCCACGACCUCCGUUCCUAAGACGGUGAGGAAAGUUAAGCUGAUUGUAAAGAAACUGACCACCGAUCCCAACAUACAUCAGGAGGUCAAACCCGGUCCAUGCGACCGUUGUGCCAAGGCGGAUCGCCCAUGCGAGCCCAACACUGCAGGCAUUGCUUGCGCCGCCUGCAAGCGGCUCAAGGCCAGAUGUUCUCUCGUCGUCGCCGCUGAUCCCUUGAGUGAAGAGAAUAUCAAGGCAAAGGCGACGCCCACGCCGGCUCCAGCGGCUCCAACGGCUGCCGGUCACUCACGCAAGCUGAUCCCAUAUGUUCUGCUCCCAAGCAGUCGCAGCCUCUUUAACAACGGUCGCAAGAGAAAGAUGGCCGAAAUCGAGGAGGAGGAAGAAUCGGAAAGUGAAGAAGAGGAUGCCUUCUUGGCGGGAAGAAUUCAAGCAUUGCCCGGCUACAUCUCCAUUGUUGAGACGGCCCUCGCUGCAUUAAAAAAAGAAUACUAUGCCUGUGAGACGGCUCCCUUUGGGGACCGGUCCUCUGAAGAUCAUUUUUCAAUCACCUUCAAUCACCCAGCCGUGAGACUGCGGCUCCCAUUGGGGACCGCCGCAUCUGUCGAGAACGGAUGUCAAGUACCUGCCUACGAUGCGGCUCCCGUCGAGGACCGCUCCGGGCAAGUACACGCACCUGUGAAGCGGCUCCCAUUGGGGACCGCACCUAUCAAGCACACUGGUCAAGCACCCACCAGUUGGACGGCGCACCUACACGGACAGCUCGCAAAGGAAGUCAAGAUCACUGACAGGCGCGGUCCCCCAUGGGAGCCGUCUCACAGGUGGGUGCUCAACAAUUGUCCAUCACAGAAGCGGUCCCCAUUGGGAGCCGUGAGACUGCGGCUCCCAUUGGGGACCGCCGCAUCUGUCGAGAACGGAUGUCAAGCACAUGCCUACAAUGCGGCUCCCAUUGAGGACCGCUCCGGGCAAGCACACGCACCUGUGAAGCGGCUCCCAUUGGGGACCGCACCUAUCAAGCACACUGGUCAAGCACCCACCAGUGGGACGGCGCACCACACACCAAUUGUUCACUACACAGACGGCUCCCAAAGGAAGUCAAGAUCACUGACAGGCGCGGUCCCCCAUGGGAGCCGUCUCAUAGAUGCGGUCCCCCAUGGAAGCCGCCGCCUCACAGGUGCAUGUGCAUGGUGCGGUCCCCAAUUGGGGCCGUCUCACAGACUGCGGCUCCCAUUGGGGACCGCAUCUGUCAAGAACGGAUGUCAAUCAACCGACUUGCAAGACGGCUACCAAUGGGGACCGCUUCUGUGGUGGACAAUUGUCAAGCACCCACCUGUGAGACGGCUCCCAUUGGGGACCGCACCUAUCAAUCCGGAUGGCUCCCAAAGGAAGUCAAGAUCACUGACAGGCGCGGUCCCCCAGGAAGCCGCCGCCUCACAGGUGCAUGUGCAUCCUCUGGUGCUCUUGAAGUCUGAUCUUCCACAAGCAGGACAUUUCAUAGAUGCUGCGUCCGAGGUCAUUGGCUGUGUCUUCAAUUUGACUCCUGAUGAGGCAGCCCGACAGGCCUCUGGUUUUGUCACAGGCUCCUCCACCUUUAUGGAUCUCAUCAAUGAACAUCGAGUGGACACCUGCCUCACUUUAGAUUGGAUUAUCACUACAGCAAAAGCAAAAAAACUACCAGCUAGUACUGCUGCGGUUUACCUGGUGAAGCCCCACUGGAUCAUUACUGACGUAUCUGGUCAGUCAUGGUGCUUGAGAAGCUUGUGCAGGGCAACACAGUAUUAUGAUGCCGAACUGAAGACAGAAGCUACUAAUCUACUUGAACUUCAGCGUAAGCAAGGACACAGUGAUAAGACUCUUGAUGAUAUCAUUGGUUGGUUGGAUGUCACUGUGUCCAAGAUUGAUAUUGUUCCUUGGCCGCAAGAUCACAUUGACCAAUGUGAAAAUGAUGACCCUAAGAUGUUCGAUAUUCCUUUGGUCACCAGUACUUCCCACAUUGUGCUCUGCAAAUUAGCACACUCCGAGAAAUUCAAAUACUCUGUCCCAAAAACAUUGCUGGAACAGUACAAGAAAGCAACAUCAACAACAUCAACAACAUCAACAUCAACCAACCAACCAACCAGUGGUUCAAAUGUUGGCCCCCCUUCUGGAGAAAGGCAGCAUGAAAAUACUACUUGUGAUUCCCAGCCUCAACAACAGACUCACCGUGCUGCUCGUAGAUUUUCUGUUGUUCACGAGGACCACCACAGCAACAAUGAUCCAUCCCGUACAGAUCACCACCCAGUGGUGCUUCAGCCGCAGAGGAUGCAGCCUCGCAAGCGACUGCAUGUAGAGGAUUAUGAUCAAACAUUUGAAUCUGAGGCUGCUAGCUUGAAUGCACCAGACUCAUGCAUCAGGAAAAAGUUGAAGUUGGUUUCCAGGUUGUACGUUAUGAUGGUGCUCCGUGCAUUGUCCCAGCUCAUCCUCAUCCUCAACCUUGACAUCGACCUCAUGCACACACCCCUGGCUAUGAGCCACCUCAACACUGGCAUAAUGAGAGUCACCAUGGCUAUCCCAAGUAGUUUGGGUCUAGACAGGGGAUCCAUGAGGAGUAGUGCCAGUGGUUGGUUGAAGCUGAAUGAGAGCUAUGGUAUUGGCAGUUGUACGAUCAAGAUAAUUAAGGUAGACUUCAUGGAGAACAAUAAUGGUGACAAGGACGGUAAAGACAAUUAG